CAACCAUUUUUGUAAUUUACCCCGCCUUCAAAUAGUAUCUGUAUCACAGAAAUGAGAGACGCAAAAGAACUCUGAGUUUUUUUUUUUUUCAUUCUUCCAUAGUUGGUUGACUUUCUAUCUAGGUUACACUGCCUUCAUCUCUGCAACCAUUUCAUUCACCUUCCAAACACACACCAUCUUCAAUCUCAACCCAUGGCGGUGGGAAUAUCAGUUCUGAUAGCACUGAAAGCGACGGCGCUAUUACUGUGCUUCGUGUACCUGAAGAACCAUGGCUACACCCUCAUCUCCGCGCCAUUCCUCUACGCAUCACUCGUUUCGUUCUUGGUCUCGAUCGCAUCUCACCCCUCCAUUGACCUUCCCAUGCUUUUAGGAAAGGACACCGAUGGAACCUUCCCAAUCUGGUCCCUCAUGAUGUUCAGCCCUUACUUGUACUUCGUCAGAGUCUUCUCCGCGCUUCGAAGGCUCCGAAGCGGUGAACCACCGUACACUGAAGUCCACCCUGGACUCUUCGUCGGAGGGUGGCCAUCGUCGCGCCAGAAGCUGCCACCUGGCGACCCUGCCAUCGUUGAUUGCACCUGCGAGUUCCCGAGGUUGGAGGAGUUCUCUGGGCUUCCUUAUCUGUGCAUUCCCACAUGGGAUACAAGGUCACCCAAGCCCUCUGAUAUUGAAUCUGCUGUUAAGUGGGCUUCUAAGAAGAGAGACCUCAAUAAACCUAUUUUUAUUCACUGUGCUUAUGGUCAUGGAAGAAGUGUUGCUGUUAUGUGUGCAUUGCUAGUGGCACUGGGUAUUGCAGAGGAUUGGAAGAAUGCUGAGAAGCUGAUCAAACAAAAACGGCCUUACAUCCGGAUGAAUGCCCUCCAUCGCAAGGCUCUUGAAGAAUGGUCCAAGCACAGGUUGUCCGCUCCAAAGAGGCAAUGAUAUAUUGUUGUAGGUUCCUUGAGUUGUCCUGAUUCUUUUGCUCAAUCCUACUACAAAGGUAUUACAAACAAUACCAAAAUUAAGAACCAAAAGAAUGUAUUCUCUCCUUGUGCCAUUUCUUUCUCAAGAUUCAUGUUAUGUAACUAUCCUAAUAUCUGGUUCCCAAUUGUUCUAUCUGCUUCCAAGUUCCAAUUGAUUAUGCUGCUGGAACUGAUGGAUGAAAUGGUUCUAAAUGUUAUGAAAAGCUUGAACUGAUGUAGAAGUAAUUUCAUUACAGUGCCUGCAAGUACUGAUUCCAAGUGUAAUAAGUGACUCAUUAGGGAGUAGUAAUCAUGAUUUAUAUCAACUCUUGAGCUGUCUAUUUGGAAUGAACAAAUAUAAACUCGAGUCCCUAUCUCAA